AUGUACACCACAGGUCUGAAAGGAUCUGCUUUGUCUGGGCUUCUAGAAAUAGCUAGUGAGCCAGCUGAUAAGCAUACCUAUGAAGUGGAAGAAUCUGCUUCUCUGCAAGGACUCUCUCACAAAAGCAAGGCUAAGGGCUUUGUUACACAGCUAGUGAUUCUAAUCACUGGUGGAGAAUCCAGUCGUGAAGUUGAAUUGCCUGUCAGGAAACUGAGGAACAUUGGAAGCAUUCUCCUCUAUGUUGUUGGAACUGGUGUGCAGAAUACAGCUCAUCUUCAGCAAAGAGCCAGCAAACCUUUUGCUGAUGAUGCAAGGGGAAUGUUCACAGUGGAAAGCCUUGACGCACUGAAACCCAUCGAAAGGAAUAUUGUCAAUCAGGUCUGUCAGUCCAAAUAUUGCAACAUAGAUCUUUCUAUAGCAGUUGAUGCUUCAAGGCGCAUGCAACCAGAACCCACAGUGCUCCUGAAACAGAGAUUGCAAGCAUUCCUCCCCAGACUUUUACUCCAGAUGAAAUCAUUACCAAAUACCAGCUGUAAAGCUCCAGUCAACAUUAGAUUCAAGUUUCAAGUAUUGACACAGACCAAACAAUUAAUCUUUGACUCUGGUUUUGAAGACUACAAUGAAGAGAUCAUCCAGAAGUUCUUAGAUGCACAGGCCACUGUGGAUACCUACCUGAAUACAGAUUUCUUGCAGGCACUUGAGGAGAAGUUCUUUAAUGUGACCUCUGCUGAAGUUAAGGUUCUAUUAGUAUUUUCAGAUGGGCUGGAUGAUUCGCUGGAAGAUCUCAGGAAAGCAUCUGACUCACUUCGCUUUAAAGGUCUUGAUGCACUCCUAUUAGUUGGCCUGGACAAUACACAGAACUUGACUGAAUUUUGGGAGAUAGAGUUUGGCAGAGGGUUUGGAUACAACGAACCUCUGAGUGUUGGGUUUGCAGAGAUUGCAAGCAUCUUGCAGAGAAACCUUGAUACUGUUGCAGAAAGGAAAUGUUGUAAGGUUAUUUGUAAAUGCCUUGGAGAAAAUGGUGAUCAUGGUGUCCGGGGAAGUCCAGGAAGGAAGGGAAAUACGGGUUACAGAGGAUCUCCUGGCCAUCCUGGUGAGGAAGGUGGGGUUGGGGGCAGAGGCUACAGAGGAAAUCAGGGUGAAUAUGGUGAGAGUGGAUUCGAUGGCACUGAUGGAGAGCAGGGAGAAUGGGGAUUUCCUGGACCUUCUGGAGAGAAAGGCAACAGAGGAAAAUGGGGCAGAAAAGGCCCUAGAGGAGAACCAGGUGAACGAGGAGAAUCUGGUCUAAGAGGAGAUUAUGGAGAUCCUGGGGCUGACAAUAGUGUUAGUGGUCCUAAAGGUGAAAAAGGAAGCCUAGCACCGCAGGGAGAUCCAGGCCCACGUGGACUCCAAGGAGAGCAGGGUGAUGCUGGCCCUGAUGGUGCAGCAGGUCGAAGAGGCCCUCCAGGUAUAAAGGGUGAGCAAGGAGAUCUGGGAGAAGCAGGUUACCUGGGUGAGACUGGAAUUCCAGGCCCACAGGAUCUGGAGAAAGUGUGCCUAGUUCAUAGUGGGCUGCUUAUGGCUCCCUUGAUAUCUUAG